AUGAGUCAGAAAGAUUUAAUAACUGUUGCUGUGAUUUACUUUUUGACGCAUGUUGGUGGUUCUGAGCCGGUGUUUUCUCUUCAGUCCGAACCAAAUCAGUGGUUUUAUCUGGGUGAUAUGAAAACACAGCUGGAUACCAAUCGUCUCAUUGUUGCAAUCAAGCUCAUGUUACGCAGAGGCGCUAACGUCACUUUCAAUGAAACUGUCAACGGCCAAUACAAAUUUCAAGUCCAGGCUACGCAGGAUAGCUUCCAAACAACUACUGUUGUGAACGCUGCAAUAUUGACAUUUACUACCAAGGGAGGUGAUAUACCCGACGUAACCCAAGCAACAGCAGCAGCAACAACAACGAUAGCCGCUGACAUCAAAACCGCCGUUUCAACAACAUCGCAAUUUCCAAAAUUGGAGUCCACAACGAAUUCUGCAGGACAAAAUGAUGUGAACUCAGACGGCAUUUCGAAUAAUGUGACAGAAAAUGCUGAAGUUACCGCUCAGACUUCAGAACAAAUAAAUAACAAUUCCGUGGAUGCGGAGGCGUCAACGGAAAAAUCGAAAAUAACCGAAACUACUCUUCCGUCGGGCAUCGCCAAAGGAGUAGCAUGGCAAAAGGCUUCAGUGGGCUCUUUUCAGAAGCCGCUGCUCGAUGGCCGGCAGCGUGAACUAAUCACUGACAAAGUCUGGAUAAAAGAAUAUACUACCGGAAUGUUGCGGCCGUUGGAGGGAUCCAAAAUGGUUAAAAAUACUUCAGUGCCUCUUUCAGAUACUCAGGAUGAAAACGAAAAUUUGGCAGAUCUUGCUAGGACGGAUGUUGCUGGAGUGGAUGAAAUCUUAACAGAUCCGAUGGCAGUUGCUGUUAAUGCGCCAAUAAACAAAACAGCAGCUGAGAUAGUUUCUUCGCCAGUGCUGCGUGAAAUGGAAGAAGCUACUACAUUUAUGAAUGUUUUCAAGAUGGGCCCUUCAUCAACUGAUAUGAAAGGAAUUUUGUUAGAAAGUAGCGUAGAUGAAAAAAAUGAAUUCAAUGGGACUGAGUCUGGAAAACUUGGCACAGAAAUUUUGAACGAAGCGCUUCUAAACGACACUGCGCAUUCUAACGUAGAUAUUCUAAAAGGAACCAGUACAAGUGAUGGGAAACUUUCCGUAGAGGCAUCGGAAGCUUCGUCAGUUCCAGUUGCUGAACAAAUAUCCAGUCCGCAUUCGAUAGCAGAGCUAAGGAGUGGGCCAAGCCUAGUUGCAGGGUCAAGUCACAGCUCAAAAAGUAGUGGGUACGUAGGCACUGAUAGGAUUUCCUCGUUCGGCAGUGAAGCGUCUACCACGCAGCUAUCGUCAACUAUCACACAGUGGGCACCGAGCGCGUUUACAGUCAGGGUGACAACUGCUCCCCCACAAACAGCAACCGACGAAGAAGACAAAAAGCCAUUCGAAAUUUCAAGAGACGAUGAAAGCCAUCUGCACAAAGAGGACCUCAUUGCUACGAAGAUAAACCUGUUUUCUACAGUUAUCAAUGUGGCAAAUUAUAACGACAGUGGUGUGCAAGGCAGUGACGACUAUGCAGUAUCUUUACAUACUGGGUUUCCGAUAACAGAUUUUGAGCAGUUUGACCAUCGUAUCGAAGAUGCAAUAUCAACAGCGGGGCCAUUACUGACCCCUUUUCGAGCACAGGCUGCUCGUACACCACAAGUGGACCGAACGAAACCUAAAAUAAGUGAUACGUUUGAGGACAGCACACCUGAAUUGGAGAGUACUGUAAAUAAUGACAACUUUUGGCGAGAAGCCAGCGCAGUAAACAGUGAU